CAAUGAUAACUGCUCCUCGGACUUGUUUUCAUACAAGAUAAGCCGACCGGUUUCCAACCAAACAUAUGAUAGCUCCAUAGUAUAGUUUGAAAAUAACAUCAGUGUCUCGCCAAAUGCCAGCGUGUACGCACGUUCUAUUUUUGAAUUUUCAAACAUGGCGGCUUUGAGGUUAUAUUGCUUUUUUUUUAUCGCGGCCUUUGUUACCGGCCAGGGUUCUGACCCAAUAGUGAGAGUGAGCCAGGGCCUCCUCCGUGGAUCGUGGAAAGUAUCAGCUAAGGGGCGAAAUUACGCUAGUUUCCAAGGAAUACCGUAUGCAAGACCUCCGGUCGGCAAAUAUAGAUUCAGAGAACCUCAACAACAUAAGCCAUGGUCUGGGACAUGGGACGCCACCCGGCCAUUGUCCGCCUGCAUCCAGUACGACCCGAGCCAAAAACAAAUCAUAGGUAGCGAGAACUGUCUGUUCGUGAAUGUAUACACGCCUAAUCCGAAUGCUGCGGGCUCCUUACCUGUUCUGGUUUUCAUCCAUGGAGGCGCUUUUAUGUACGGUUCAGGAGGCUUAUACGACCCUUCGCCCCUGAUGGACCGAGACAUGGUGGUAGUCACUUUCAACUAUAGGCUCGGUCCUAUGGGUUUCCUAAGCACCGGUGACGAGGCGGCUCCCGGUAACGCCGGAUUGAAGGACCAAGCGGCCGCACUGCGCUGGGUGCGGGACAACGUCAUGAUGUUCGGCGGGAACCCUAAUAGUGUCACGUUGACCGGCUGCUCCGCUGGUGGUGCCAGCGUCCACUACCAUUACCUCUCACCACUCUCUAAGGGCUUGUUUGCUAGAGGAGUGGCGUUUAGCGGGUCAGCCUUCGCGUCUUGGACGCACGCCGUAAAACCGGCUCAGAAGGCCAGGACAUUGGCGUCCAUCGUGGGCUGCCCCACCACCACCAACAGGGAGAUGGUGGACUGCCUCAAAUACAGGCCUGCCGAGGUCGUCGUCAACGCGAUGAUCGAGAUGUUUGAUUGGAAGGUGCACAUGUUCACACCGUUCACGCCGACUGCAGAACCGGCUGGAGUGAGGGAGCCAUUCCUCAGCCAAUACCCGUUCCACGCGGCGAUGGGCGGCACCAUGCAGCGGGUACCACUUAUCACCUCCGUCACCGCUGAAGAGGGACUGUACCCCGCCGCUGCAUACCUCACGGACCCAUCGUACUUGGUCGAGUUGGAGUCUCGCUGGGCGCAGCUGGCGAGCAACAUCUUCGAAUUCAACGACACGCUGCCCGCCAGCCAGCACGCCGCAGUGGCCGCCAAGAUUAAGCAGACGUACCUCGGAGGAAAUCCUGUCAGCAUGGAGACCUUCCCGAAGCUUGUACAGGCACUUGGCGAUCGUCUCUUCAACGUGGAUGUAGGCAAGCUGGCCCAAAUCCACGCGCUGCGGUCGGGACAGCCGGUCUAUGUGUACCGAUUCGCGCACAGGGGCUCCGCGAGUCUCUCCAACUUGUUGGCAGAAAACAACGGAAACUAUGGUGUUAGCCACGCUGAUGACGUAUUGCAAGUGCUCAAAUACCCUGGCCUGGAUUUCAACACACCGGAAGACAAAAACAUGGUUGACCAACUAAUAGACAUGAUUUACAGCUACGCUACCACUGGAGUGCCCAAGUUUGGCAACGCUGCGUGGUCGCAGGUGACCGCAGGCUCCCCUGAGCUGAACUACUUGGAGAUAUCGUCGCCGUCCAGAGCUGACAUGAAGACCAGCAGCGACUUCGGACACAAAUCAUUCUGGGACAGUUUAGGGUUCAUUGAAAACGAAAACUACCAACCGUACUUAAAGGACGAACUGUAAUUGUUACAAUUUAAACUUACAUUCACAGUUCGUGUUUAAAGUUUAAACUUUAAAGUCUGUUAAAUAACAUGUGUAUCUGUAUAGUGAAUACGCUCAAUUUUGUAAUAUUUCAUGUUUUUUUUAAUUUUCAUACUUUAUUAAUGUCUUCAUAUUUCCUAAGUCCAUAAAUUACGUGAGAUUUGGGGGUAGGAGGUCGAGUCAAAUCUCAUCUAAUCUUACGUUGGAGAGAGGGGGGUCUCGGCAAAUAUCACGCAUUUUUUUUCUGAUUGAAACAAAAAAAAACCUAUAAUUUUUGUCCAUUUAAUCCAGAUUGUACAUGCUUAUGAUUUAAUCUUAAGCGUAAUCGUUAACCCUCAGCAAUAUUGAUUACUAGUCUUAACUAGUCGUAAAUAAAAGCACGAAGCAAUUUUUUUUUCCUUUUACAAUAACAAACCGACGCGUUCACGUAAGAAACCCACAUUUUGUAAAAUCUCACGUGAGAUUGGGGGAUGGGGGAGGGAGUUCAAUAAAAUCUCACGAUAUCUCACCAGGGGGGGAGGGAGGGACAAUUAAAAGAGAGAAAAUUCAAAAAAACACCUUACGUAAUUUAUGGACGUCCCCUAACAAAUCUGAAUAAGUAACUACUUAGUUAUAAGUACUUCUUAGUAUGUAGUAACUACAUAAUUCGCCGUUACACUUAAUUAAAGCACUGUAAACUACUUAACUUUAGCCCUAAGAAAAUAUAUUGUAGUAAUUUGGU